UGUCAGUGGGAUGUGAGGGGCUCAUUCCCUGCCCCCUUUACGCAACACCCCUGCUCAGAGAACAUGACUUUCGAUCGACUCGCGCAGAUAUGAAGUCUGAAGAAGCUGACAACAUCGAAGAAUUAAAUAAUUUACCUGUUGAUUCUAUUCGGAUUGCACCGUAUUUGUCUGAACUGAAACAAAAAGCAGAAGUGAGCAUUCGACACUUGAAUUUGUCGGCAACUUUUUUGAUCCGGUUUCUUCAGGCGAGAGACUUUGAUGUGGCGCUGGCGCUCAAGCUUUUGAUUAACUAUCAUAAAUUAAGACAAGAAUGUCCAGAAAUAACAGCUGAUCUGCGGCCAUCAUCCGUCAGUGGACUUCUGCAAAACAAUUACCAUGGAGUUUUGAGAUCACGAGAUGAUGCUGGAAGUCGAGUUUUAAUCUAUCGGAUUGGUCAGUGGAACCCCAAAGAAUUCACAGCUUAUGAGGUUUUCCGUGUAAGCCUCAUUACAUCAGAGUUGAUUGUUCAAGAAUGGGAGACUCAAAGAAAUGGACUCAAAGCAAUUUUUGAUCUCCAAGACUGGUGCUUCGCACAUGCCCUGCAGAUAAAUCCUUCUUUGGCAAAAAAGAUCUCUUCUGUACUUACAGACUCCUUUCCUUUGAAAGUACGUGGCAUCCAUUUGAUAAAUGAGCCUAUUUUUUUCCGUCCUGUCUUUGCUAUGAUCCGUCCAUUUCUUCCAGACAAAAUCAAACAACGGGCUAUCCUCCCUCCUGAGUAUGGAGGAACCGGACCCAGCAUAGAUGAAGUGUGCCAAGAUUGGACUGAGUACAUCAUGCAGUCUGAAGACUAUCUCUAUAGGCUCUCUCUAGACUUAGGUGGAGGCGAUGCUUCUCAGUCAUCUGCCGAUGAGUGAUUACAAUGAAGGUAUUUCUUACCAUGUGCUCUUUAUGCUAGAUGAUGUAACAGAUCCUGCUGGGGCAGGUUACACAUAGUCUCCGAAAAUCAGGAUAAUAUUGCUGACUUAAAAUUCACCCAAAAAUUUUUAUUUACUCACCCUCAGGCCAUUUGAGAUUGUCCACUGGAACAGAUUCUGAGAAAUUUAGCAUUACAUCACUGCAGUGAAUGGGUGCCAUCAGAUUGAGAGUUCAAAGAGCUGA